CCGAAGUCAAGAGUCUGACUCUUAGGCGAUUGAGCCACCCAGGCACCCCUAGUCGUGGUCUUGUUAGGGCUACUAGGGUCAAGUUGGGGAUAUUAGUGCCAAGAGUUGUAGCUUGAAGGAGUGAGUGGACACGGUGAAGGUAAAAAUAACUCUACUUUAUUGAACACAUACUUCUUCCCUUGUACUGUUCUUCACACAACAGUUUUAGGAAGUUCUAGUUCAGGUAAGUUCUAUUAUCAUCACCUUUAUGUGAGGAAAUAAAGGUUUUCUAAAGCUUAUGACAUGUGUUAUCCUAAAAUGGCAGAACUGGGCCAUCUUGGUUCACAGCCCAAAUUGAAACCCAGGCUCUUCAAGUUCAGGGCACAUACCUUUAACCACUAUGUACUACUACCUGCUGUUAUAUUGGACCUUUAGUUUAAUGACACCAACAGCACUUGAUUAGAGCUGUACAAUAUGCUCUCCCAAGUCCUCAUUCAAUGCCUCAAAUUACUGGAUGAGAAGAGGCAGCUCCUGUAGGUUAAAUAAUCACACGGCUGACAGAGCAUGGACCAGCAGCUGGGAUCCAGGUUUCUCUCCAGAGCCACAGUGGCUGUGUGUUCAUUCCCCUACACCAUGUUGAGGCCUCUGACAGCUCUCUCAGACUUCUGGUCUAGCUUUCAUAGUAACAAACCGCCUUCUAUCAUAUUUAUUUGUACGUUUGAAUCCUGACGUCAGUCUGAGGGUAGCAGAUAUCACUUGAUUUAUAUGGGCAGUCCCUGUGCUCAGAUUAUGUAUAUUGAAUGAAGGUGUGGAUAAAUUAAAAAAUUAGUCUUGCCACAUAGUCAUGUGAAUAUUUUAUUUCUAGACUUCCUCAAGAGUUUAACCACCAGUAUCUUCGUGAGAGGAGACCACAUACAAUAGUUUGCUUAUACCUUUGUUCUUUCUCUAUGGUUUUCCCAAAAGUAAACUCAAUUCCACAUACACAUUGAGUAGAACAUUUUUGCAUGCACAAAGAAAUGUGAUUACAAAUAACUUUGGAAGAGGAUUAGUCGUAAUUUGUACCUUUUGUAAGUAAAAUGAAUGAGGAUACUAUUAAAAGCUGGUGGAUUGGGGCUUUCAGUAAUCAAAUAAAAUCUGCAACUCUGUCAGCCACCCCUCCCCACCCCCCCCACCCCAAUUCCUUAGCCUCUGUGAAUAAAGCAGUGACCUGGGAGUUCUUGAGCCCGCUCCCCCACUCCUCGGAAAGGUCUUGCCAACUCGGCAUUGUCCUGUUGGAUUUGCAGUCAGAUGUCUUAUGCUGGCAGGCACUGGGCAGGCAAUGAGUUCUUUCCCUGUAAAUUGGGCACAAAAAGACCGGCAUGGGAGCAGCCUCUUUGGGGACAGCUGCUCUGAGACAAUGCUUCAGCUGGCUAGCUGCGGUGGCUCGGCAGGUUGGUCUCGGAGGCUCCUGCUCAGGAAGGCCAGGGAGGAGUGGAAUCACUUUUUCAUGGGGGACCACUUUGAGAAGGGCCAGCACGCUCUGCUCAAUGAAGGAGAAGAGAAUGAAAUGGAGCUAUUUGGCUACCGGACUCAAGGCUGCCGGAAAACCCUCUGUCUUGCUGGAUCCAUCUUCUCAUUUGGGAUCCUCCCCUUGGUGUUUUACUGGAGACCUGCUUGGCACGUGUGGGCAAACUGCGUCCCGUGUUCCUUGCAAGAGGCAGAUGUCGUGUUGCUGAGGACAACAGAUGAAUUCCACACUUACUCAUGGAAAAAGGUAAUGUGGAUCUACUUGUCAUCAUUAAACAGCACGUUUGAUGUCACUCCUGACCACCCUCUCAUUACAGAUGAGGAGGACAUCAUAAAUAGAGCCAUCAGAAAGCCAGACCUAAAGGUGAGAUGUAUAAAAGUGCAAAAAAUAAGAUAUGUUUGGAACAACUUAGAAGGACAGUUCCAGAAAAUUGGUUCUUUGGAAGACUGGCUCAGUUCUGCCAAGAUACAUCUGAAAUUUGGAUCAGGUCUAACAAGAGAAGAACAAGAGAUUAGGAGGUUAAUAUGUGGGCCUAAUACUAUUGAUGUUGAAAUCACACCAAUUUGGAAACUACUCAUCAAAGAGGUUUUAAAUCCAUUUUACAUAUUUCAACUCUUCAGUGUCUGUUUGUGGUUUAGUGAAGACUAUAAGGAAUAUGCUUUUGCCAUCAUAAUCAUGUCCAUCAUGUCCAUAGCAUUGACGGUAUAUGACCUCAGAGAGCAAUCUGUAAAGCUCCACCACCUAGUUGAGUCACAUAAUAGCAUUACAGUCUCCGUAUGUGGGAGAAGAGGUAAGUCUCAUUAUUUUAGAUCUGUGUGUUGUUCAUAAGGAAUCAAAACGGGAUUUAAACUUGUAUUCCUGGUUGUUGCUACUACUUUCCUCUUCGUGUGUGUGUGUGUGUGUGUGUGUGUGUGUUUCUGGUGCACUUAC